GUGAACCAAGUUCAACCAUAUAAGCAGCGAUGCUCAUCGCUCUCAUACUCAAACCGUUCUCUCUCUUCUUCUUCUUCUUCUUCUUCUUCUUCUUCUUCCAUUCUUUCUUUCUUUCACACUACACUCUGCAAUCGCAUUAAGCUGAAAUGGGGUCGACCGGAAACGACAGCCCGAUGACAAACCGGGUCGACUCCGACGAAGAAGCCAGCCUAUUCGCUAUGCAGCUCGCCAGCGCUUCCGUUCUCCCCAUGGUCCUCAAAUCCGCCAUAGAACUCGACCUUCUGGAGCUCAUAGCCAAAGCCGGGCCGGGAGCCGCCGUCUCCCCAUCGGAACUCGCGGCGCAGCUCCCCACCACUAACCCGGACGCCGCCGUCAUGCUGGACCGGAUCCUCCGCCUCCUCUGCACCUACUCCGUCCUCAACUGCUCUCUCCGGACCCUCCCCGACGGCCGGGUCGAGCGGCUCUACAGCUUGGCCCCGGUUUGUAAGUAUUUGACAAAGAACGGCGACGGCGUUUCCAUGGCGCCCCUCCUCCUCAUGAAUCAAGAUAAAGUCCUCAUGGAAAGCUGGUACCACUUAAAAGAUGCCGUGCUUGAGGGUGGAAUUCCAUUCAACAAGGCAUAUGGAAUGACUGCAUUUGAGUACCACGGAACAGAUCCAAGAUUCAACAAGGUUUUCAACCGUGGAAUGUCUGACCACUCCACGAUUACCAUGAAGAAGAUUCUCGAUGAUUACAAAGGAUUCGAGGGCCUCAAGUCCCUAGUAGAUGUUGGUGGUGGAACCGGUGCCACGCUUAACAUGAUACUCUCCAAAUAUCCCAACAUUAAGGGCAUCAACUUCGAUUUGCCUCAUGUUAUUGAGGAUGCUCCUAAAUAUCCUGGGAUUGAGCACGUUGGAGGAGACAUGUUCGUUAGCGUGCCUAAAGGGGAUGCCAUUUUCAUGAAGUGGAUCUGUCACGACUGGAGCGACGCCCACUGCCUGAAAUUCUUGAAGAACUGCUACGAUGCCCUUCCAGAAAACGGCAAAGUGAUCGUGGCAGAGUGCAACCUUCCAGAAUCUCCGGACACCUCGCUGGCGACCAAGAACGUCGUCCACAUUGACGUUAUCAUGUUGGCGCAUAAUCCCGGCGGCAAAGAGAGGACCGAGAAGGAGUUCGAGGCGCUGGCGAUGGGCUCUGGUUUCCGACACUUCCGCAAGGCUUGCUGCGCCGUCAACACUUGGAUCAUGGAAUUCUGCAAAUGAUAUGAUCCAAUCCAAUCAAAUUUGCAGGUUUUUUUAAGGAUCCCAUGCAUCCAGUGUUUGUCGUGAAGAUUGAUGAUGAUGAUGAUGAUGAUGAGUCUAAUUUCCUCUAUUAAUUUCACCAAAAUGGCUUUUCUAGUUUUCACAGAAUGGAAUAAUAAAGCUAUCUGCACCCUGCUUCUGAUCUUUUCAUUAUUGUAUACAUACUACACUAUAUAUUUUGUUGCCAAGUUUGAA